AUGAGUCCUCCGGUAGGCGCGACGGUUCGAGAUCUGGCUUGCUUCUCAACGGGGCAGCGUUUGUGGACUGCGAGGCGAGGCGGCAGGGAGAUCGGCGUCUUAAACGGUGAUUCGAAAUCUGGUCGAGUUGACUCGGUCGCCAAGUCAACUCGGUCGCUGAGUCAACUCGGUUACUAA